GGGGCGGGGCGGGUGGCGGCGGCGGCGUGUUCGCGGCGGCGGCGGAGCCGGCGUGUUCGCGGCGCCGGAGGAGCCGGCGCCGAGUGACCUUGGCAGGUAGAGCCGGGCUGCGCCCGCCGCCGCCGCUGCCACCGGGGAAGCUGGGUGGGGAGACGGCUGAGAUGGUGGAGGACGGCGGCGGCGGCGAGGAGGAGGAGGCGGAGGAGGAGAACGGGGAGAUGCCGGCGGCCGCCGCCGUGCCUCCCCUGCAGCGCUGCAAUGGCUUCCUCCCCGGGAAGGAGGCGGAGGACGGCGGGCGGGCGGCCCCGGCGGGCGGCGGGGAGCGGGCGGCGGAGGCCCAGGCCAUGCUGGCGGCGGGCGGCGGGCGGCUGGAGACCCGCCUGUCGCGGCGGCGGCUGGCGGUGCUGGCCGUCUUCAGCUGCUACUCGCUGGUGAACGCUUUCCAGUGGAUCCAGUACAGCAUCCUCAGCAACGUCUUCGCCGGCUUCUACGGCGUCUCCUUCAUGCAGAUAGACUGGCUCUCCAUGGUCUACAUGGUGGCCUACGUGCCGCUGAUCCUGCCCGCCACCUGGCUGCUGGACACCCGUGGCCUGCGCCUCACUGCCCUGCUGGGUGCCGGCCUCAACGGCCUGGGCGCCUGGCUCAAGUGUGCCAGCCUGGCCCCCGACCGGUACCCCAUCACCCUGGCGGCGCAGGGCAUCUGCGCCGUCGCCCAGGUCUUCAUCCUGGGGCUGCCCUCACGCAUCGCCUCCGUCUGGUUCGGCCCCACCGAGGUCUCCACCGCCUGCGCCGUGGCCGUGCUGGGCAACCAGCUUGGCACUGCAAUUGGCUUUUUGUUGCCGCCUGUUUUGGUUCCAAAUACACCUAACGAUAUCGAUCUAACAGCACAUAACAUCAGCAUCAUGUUCUACGGAACAGCGAUAGUGUCCACAAUUUUGUUCUUCUUAACAGGAGUUGUGUUUGAAGAAAAGCCCAAAUACCCUCCUAGUCACUCUCAAGCAGUCCUGCAUACUAUGCCUCCUGAGGAUUACUCCUACAAGCAGUCGAUUAUUAACUUGUUCAAAAAUAUUCCAUUUGUACUUCUGCUGAUCAGUUAUGGUAUUAUGACUGGGGCAUUUUACUCUGUUUCCACGUUAUUAAACCAGAUGAUAGUAACUCAUUAUGAGGGAGAAGAAAUGAACGCUGGGAGAAUUGGCUUGACACUGGUGGUGGCAGGAAUGGUGGGUUCGAUUAUUUGUGGUUUGUGGCUGGAUUUCACUAAAACAUACAAGCAGACUACUUUGAUUGUUUACAUUCUCUCUUUCAUUGGGUUGCUGGUAUUUACUUUCACUCUGGACCUCAAUUACCUUACAGUAGUGUUCGUGACUGGAGGAGUACUUGGGUUCUUCAUGACUGGCUAUCUCCCACUUGGGUUUGAAUUUGCUGUGGAAAUUACGUACCCAGAGUCUGAAGGCACUUCCUCAGGUCUUCUUAAUGCAUCAGCACAGAUAUUUGGAAUCAUCUUUACACUUGUUCAAGGAAAACUCACAACAGUCUACAGUCCUCGUACAGGAAAUCUCUUUCUUGGUGCUUGGAUUUUUGUGGGCAUUAUCUUAACAGCCUUAAUAAAAUCAGAUUUGCGAAGACACAAUGUGAAUUCAGGGAUUAUGAAUUUGGACCUUAAAGCUCCCUCAGUGCCACCGGUGCCAAACUACAAGCUCUCCAUGUCGAUCCCAGAAUGGCUUCAGGCAAUACAGACCUACAUGAAGAUGCUGCAAUACAAUCACACAGGAACGCAGUUCUUCGAGAUUAGAAAAACCAGACCUUUAAGUGGGUUAAUGGAGACAGCAAAAGAAAUGACCAGGGAGUCCCUACCCAUCAAAUGCCUUGAAGCAGUUAUCCUGGGGAUAUACUUAACGAACGGGCAGCCCUCUGUGGAACGAUUCCCCAUCAGCUUUAAAACCCACUUCUCAGGGAACUAUUUUCAUCAUGUGGUGCUCGGGAUUUAUUGCAACGGCCGGUAUGGCUCACUGGGCAUGAGCAGACGAUCAGAUCUGAUGGACAAACCUCUAACUUACCGAACUCUGAGCGACCUCAUCUUUGAAUUUGAAGACUCCUAUAAAAAGUACUUGCAUUCAGUCAAAAAAGUAAAAAUUGGAUUAUAUGUCCCACAUGAGCCGCACAGCUUUCAGCCCAUUGAGUGGAAACAGCUGGUCCUCAACAUAUCCAAAAUGAUGCGCACAGAAGUCAGGAAGGAGCUGGAGAAGUUUGCCAGGGAUAUGAGGAUGAAGAUUCUGAAACCCUCAAGUGCCCAUUCUCCGAUGAAAGAGAGAUCACGGGGUAAGUCAUUGUCCCCUCACCGAAGGCAAGCCAGCCCUCAGAGACGCGCAUGCAGAAGAGACAAAUCGCCUGCGGUCAUGGACAAGAAAGGAGACCUGGCCACGCUCAACGAGGUAGGGUACCAGCUCCGCAUCUAACAAAGCCAUACGCUGGACAGAGGGCUUCCCUGGUGCUUCCCGCUGCACUUUACCCGCACUCCGUUGGAAGGAAAAAGGAAUGGGACUAUUUAUUAACUUGUGGAUUCUUAUUGUAAGUUUUACCUAGACAAUAGAAGGGGGGAUUUUUUUUUUGUGGCAGUACUUAUUUUCUUUUAAUUAAUAAAAAAGGCAUCAGUGAAGAGAACCUAAAAUUAGGUUUAUCGGGAUAUAAGAUUUUUUUCCCCUCCAUCACGUAGCAAGUGACUCCAGUGGUGUGAGAGUUUCUUCAAAUAUGACUUCCCUGUAUAAGCAUUAAUUGAAUUUGGGCAUUGUGCUGGGUAGUAGCAUUGGGAUAACUAAGGAAUCAUAUUCUUAGUGUUAAGAUGUGCUGGGGUGCAGUGCAGUUUAAAAAAAAAGUCAUAUUCAGUAUUAAUACUUAAUUAGCAAUAAAAACAAGCAGUGCAGAAGUGGCAUGAGUUUUUGAAGUAUCAACAUUACCUCACUAAACUUAUCAGAUAUGCAAAACUGUCAGUAGUAUUGUUUUGUAACUAAUUUGUACUGUUUUCCAGCAUUUCUGGUAGUAUUAAAACAGCACUGGAUGUUUUACUGCCACCUGUAUUAUUAUUCUGUGCAUGUUGCUGAAAGAUGUUAAGUAAUAGUAAUAUGCAAAUGUUUUCUUAAACACUGACAUCUUAUCAGGCAAAAUAUGAGGUUUUGGUUUUUUAAGUGAUGGUACUUGAUGAAUAAUGAAUUUUUAAACUUUCAGAAUGUUUUUGUACUUUGUCACAAGCUUUUAAUCUUUCUGGACUACACUGCUGAAGCACAAAACAUAGAGAUUGCUGUUUUGUAGAGACAAGCGUUCACCUACUAGUCAGUUUGUUUCUCAUGUAUGUUCCUGGAAUAAUGGAAAAACCGUCAGAAUUACUAACCUGAGUCUACAUGCUUUGCUUUCAACAUUUGUCUAUAACUUUGAACCUUGCCUUGAAAGGCUGAGCAGUCUCAGAUAGUGAUGCCUUGACAUCUUAUAUUAAGAUCAGAUAUCACAGGCUGAAGUUAACCUUCUGCCAUGCUGCUGUAGGGAGUUUUUUCUGUAUGUGUUGUUGUAACAACAGCUUAGUCAGACCUGCAUAAGGAAGCUUGUCUGAAAUAGCUGAAAAUCAAGCUUGCCUGCUUCCUCCCUACUCAGUCCUUUUGUUCUAGACUUAGCUAAGGACCUGUAAUGGACAGCAGCAUUCUCAAAUGAUACAGUAAGACUUUCACUGGGGUCUGCCCUUUGCAUUAGUGAAGUUCUCUGGAAGCAUUAGAGUGCUGCAUUCCUGAAAAUAUUUCAUUAGGUGCCUAAAUAGAAACUGGAUUAUUGUACAAGUCCAGCCUCUACCCUUUGUGCUGUGUUUAUAGAUGAUACUGCCAUGGGCCUUGUGUACCCCUGCUCCUGGGCACUUGCUUUUUUUUGGAUCUUGAUGAAGACAGGACAUGGUAACACAGUGACGAUAAUGCUUACUUGAAUUGAAUGAUUUAAGCUCCUAGAAUGCUUGUAUCAGCCAGCAACUGAAUGGAUACAGGAGGAGACAAUUGCUUGUACACCAACCUCAUUGCUCAAAAAAGUCACUGAAUCUUACCUACCUAGGACAGGACAACAACACUGAGACCCAGCAACCUUCUUCAAACAGUAAAAGGCUUUCUAUUAAUUAAGACUUCAGAAGGUCUAGAAAAAAGAUUUUUUCAAACAUGUUACACUUCUUUAUACAAGAUUACCAUCUCAAUUACAGGGAGGCCUUACCUAUCCAUCUUUCUGCAAACUUCUCCACUGCUGUGUUCACAACAGGAAUAUUUUUUUCUUCAGGAGUGGAACUGAAGAGAGGGAAAUAUUCUUUUGGUAGAAAGCCUUGUGUAAUUUGAUAUCAGCUGCAGAGUUUGUUUUAAACUUUGUGCUGCUCAGUGUCUUGUGACCUAAAUUUUUUUUCGUGUAUCCCUUAAAUUUCUAACGGGUAGAAUGAUGUGAAAAACUUGCUUUGAUCAGCUGUAUCCUAUAGCACAAGGGUAUCUGAUAUGUUGCAAGUUUUUUUUCUAUGAAACUAUGGUUCACUUCAGCUCCAGUAAUGGUGGUUGGUAUACAGUUUUUACCAUUGUCCAACACAAUUUGAGUUACUUUCUCUUAACCUCUAACUUAUACUGAAACUUUUUAAUGCUGUAGAGGUGUGUGACAAAUUGCUUUUGGUUUUUGCUUUCAAGUUCAGCUGAAAUAUUCUCUUGAAAUUUGCUUAUGAUGGCACUUGUCUUAAAUGUGGUUCUAGUGACUGUUCUUCUAACUUACUGAAAAGUGGUCAAAUAGUGUAGCAAACAUGCAUGACUUCUUGGUUUUUUAAGCAGUUGUAUGUUUAUGCACAGCAUGAAACGUCAAUAAAAUAUCCUGGUAGUCUUUUU